UACUGACGUCACAUGCAUGCCGGAAGUAGUCAGGUGAAAUGCCGGAAAUUCAUUUUGUUGACUGUCGGAUACUUAUUUUUCAGCCCCUUUCUGGAACUAUUAACUACUAACUACCGUUAGUUUGUUUUUUGUACACUUUUUGGACUAGAUUUUAUCGCGUUGAUAGAAGAGUCGUCGUGUUGGAGUGGAGGGCUCCAUAUAGACACUGAACGAUUGUAGUCGGGUCCCGGGCUGGGCUAACUUUAGCCUAGCUUUCCGUGAAGUCCUGCUAACCAGUCUUAGCGUGUGUUAGCUGCCAGUCUAGCUGCGUUAAAAGUCUCCCGUUCACUCACCUUACUCACGAACAAGAACCGUACAAAAACUACCAACACUAUGGCAGUCGUCAACGAAGGUGCCCUGAAGAAAAUGCUGAAGCAAUACAAAUACAGAGAUCUGUCUGUCCGUGAGAUAACCAACGUCAUCCUCCAGUACAAGGACUUAAAGCCAGUCAUGGAUGCUUAUGUGUUUAAUGAUGGCUCCACAAGAGACCUGAUGAGCCUGACGGGAACGGUCCCAGUGAGCUACAGAGGCAAUGUCUACAACAUUCCCGUGUGUCUCUGGUUGCUGGACACAUAUCCCUUCAACCCUCCCAUAUGUUUUGUCAAACCUACCAAUGCAAUGAUGAUCAAAACUGGCAAGCACAUCGAUGCCAACGGCAAGAUCUACCUGCCUUAUCUCCAUGAGUGGAAGCAUCCUCAGUCAGACCUGUAUGGUCUAAUUCAGGUGAUGAUUGUGGUUUUUGGAGAGGAGCCGCCUGUGUUUUCUCGCCCCACCACACAAGCCCCCUAUCAAGCGUUCCAAGCUGCCGGACCCCCUAACUCCUCCUAUAUGCCUGGCAUGCCUGCAGUCUCCCCUUACAGCUCAACUCCCAACCCAGGAGGCUAUCCAGGAUACCAAUACCCUGCAGGCAACUCUUACCCGGCCACUGGUGGACCCGCACACUACCCCACCCAGCCUCCAGUAUCCACAGCUGGUCCGAACAGAGAUGGCACCAUUGGCGAGGACACCAUCCGCGCGUCCCUGAUAUCAGCUGUGAGUGACAAGCUUCGCUGGAGGAUGAAGGAGGAGAUGGACAGAGCUCAGGCGGAGCUAGACGCCCUGAAGCGGACCGAGGAGGAUCUGAAGAAAGGACACCAGAAACUGGAGGAGAUGGUCUCCAGACUGGACCAGGAAGUGUCCGAGGUUGACCGGAACAUCGAGCUGCUGAAGAGAAAGGACGAGGAGCUGAGCGAGGCCUUGGAGAAGAUGGAGAACCAGUCGGAGAACAAUGACAUUGACGACGUCAUCGUUCCCACUGCGCCGCUGUACAAGCAGAUCCUCAACCUGUACGCUGAAGAGAACGCUAUAGAGGACACCAUCUUUUACCUCGGAGAAGCCCUUCGCAGGGGUGUAAUAGACCUGGAGGUUUUCCUUAAGCAUGUCCGCCUUCUGUCCAGGAAGCAGUUUCAGCUUCGUGCCCUCAUGCAGAAAGCCCGCAAGACUGCCGGUCUGAGUGACCUCUACUGACAAGGAAAACUACAUAUCUUCACUCUCUCCUACUCUCUUCCCUUCUUCUGUUUUAUUCCCUCCUUUUUAAUGUCCUCUUGUAACUCUUCUGGUUUUAAUCUCUGUAAAAUCUGUUUGUGUAAGAUAACGAUCUGACCAACAACAGAAAAUAAUUAAAAACACAGCAAUCAUGAAGAAAUGGGCCGUCCUGUGUUGGCACCGAUAAGACUUCAUUUGUAUUUUGAUCCGACCAAAUACUUCAUUCAGAUCAUCAUCAUCAGUCGCGGCCCCUUUUGGCUCCAAUGUUAAACACGAACCACUGUGACCACAUUGUGAACUGGGAACCGAGGUUGGAGCUAAAAGGUGCUUGUCGCUCCUGCCUCCUGUGGAGAAGUGAGGUGGGGGCCUAUUUGGGGUUAGCGUACAGUAAGUGUGUGUGCAUGCAUUGACCUGUGUACGUUACACUGCACGGGCAGCCAGCAGAUUUGGUUCCCUGUCAUUUUUACACAGUCAUUAGGCUGGUGAGCACAAAUAGUUGGGGGGGCUGGUAGAGAGCCCCAUAUGUCCAGUCGUCUCCUAAUGAAAAGGUUAGGCUUUGACAUGAAUAACCAGGGCAACCUUUCAGGAAGGACACCACAGGGUUCAGCUUUAGGAUUUAUUUCUGCAUGAAGUCCGGUUCAUGUUCAGGAGCGAUGGAAUCAAAGGGAUCACUUCAUACAGUAGAGGUGAUGAACAUUGGAACUGUAUUUCUUCCAUCUCUUGUUGGAGUCUGUUUAACGGGCUAAAUUUCCAGGCCCCUUUGCUCACUUAUUUAGUUAUUUGCUUAAGCCGAUCAGGUCCGCCCUCCACUCUGACUGCAUUAACCCGUCAAUGCAGAGUGGUUCUUUUACUCUGUACAGUGUCUCUGUUAAAGGUGAACAAAAGUCUUGAAAGACUUAUUUCUGUGUUCUGUCCGGGGG